AUGGACACCGACGACGGUCCCGAAAACGGCUCUGUGCCUUAUGCCCAGGGCCUAAUGUCCCAGCAGACACUCCUGGACUCGAUGAUCCCCGGCUUCUCCAUGUUCUCAUCAGCCAUCCACGCUUACCUGGGCAUCGACCUCAAUCUGUACAUCCCCGUGCUCCUGAUCGCAUGCACCAUGGUGUGGUCGUGGUCCUACCUUUACGAGCAUGCCAGUAGGAUGGUGGCGUCUUACCUGAUGUCGUCGGUCGUCAACCAGAGCUUUUCCAAGCGUUCGCGCAACUUCAUCGCCAGCACCAACAUCAACUCGCAGGCUCACGGCAUGUGGAGCGACUAUUUUGACGAGGACGAGGACAGCGACGACGAGGACGGCGAGCGCUCACGUCGCGCCCACAAACAGGUCCAGUGCACACCCUCAUACGGAAACCACUUUCUCUUCUACCGCGGGCGCCCGUUCCUGUUUGAGCGCCGCGAGAACCGCGAAAAGUUCAGCCGGAGCCUCCUACGCGGUGAAGAGGUGUACAUCUCGUGCUUUGGACGCACCCCGGACUCCAUCAGGGACCUUCUCGCCGAGGCUCGGGAGCUGUACAUUGCCAAGGAGCAGAGGAAUACCAUCAUCUACCGCGGCAACAUGGGUAGCUGGAGGGGCCCUGGCUGGAGGCGCUGCAUGACACGCAUCCGUCGGCCACUUGCUACCGUCAUUCUCAACGAGAGCCUGAAGCAAAAGUUGAUAGCCGACAUGGCCGACUAUCUUCGGCCGGCUACGCGCCUCUGGUACGCGAACCGCGGCAUCCCUUACCGUCGUGGCUACCUUCUUCAUGGACCUCCUGGAACGGGCAAGAGCUCGCUGAGUCUGGCGUUGGCGGGCUACUUUGAGAUGAAGAUUUACAUUGUCAGUCUCAACUCUCCUUCGACCACCGACGAGAGUGUGGUCUCGCUCUUCUCUGACCUCCCACGCCGCUGCAUCGUACUCCUCGAAGACAUUGACACGGCUGGCCUGACGCACAGCCGCGACGAGGAGGCGACGAUGGCGACGGACGACACCGUCAACCUGACCCGGGACCCGGACGCCAGCAAGACGUCGGAGAGCCGCAUCUCCCUGUCUGGCCUCCUCAACGUGCUCGACGGCGUGGCAUCCCAGGAGGGCCGCGUACUCAUCAUGACGACGAAACACGUGGAAAAGCUAGAUGAGGCACUAGUACGACCAGGUCGCAUCGAUAUGAGUAUAGAGUUUGGCAACGCCGACGCCGAGAUGACCUCACUCAUCUUCCGCGCCAUAUACGGCCCAUCUGAGGGAGAGGCUCUUCCUCUGGUCCACACGGCGUCGGAGAAGGGGUCUAUCAAUGCCGAGAAGACUGAGGUGCCGGAGCAGGCGAGGGAGUACACGAUGAAGAAGGUCAGCGAGCUAGCGGAGCAGUUUGCGGCCAAGGUGCCCCCCUCCGAAUUUAGUCCGGCCGAACUCCAGGGACUCCUCCUCCAGCACAAGCGCGACCCCCUGGCGGCUAUUGCCGCAACGGACGAGUGGAUCGUGCAGACGCGCAAAGCCAAGGGCGAGAAGACGGAGCUGGAGAAGAAGAAGAGGAGGGAGGAGAUGAAGAAGGAGAGGAAGAAGAAGAAGGAGAAGAGGAAGGAGAAGAGGAAGGAGAAGAGCAAGAUGGGGGUGGCCAUGGAGAAACAUGGCAGAAUGUAA